AUGGCUCCAACAGCAGCAUCGCCGGCGCAGCUCAAGGCCCGCAGGAGAGAGGACUACCGCUUCAUGCUCGAGUAUCGUACGCGAUGGAACGACAAUGAUAUGUAUGACCACAUGAACAAUUCCGUCUACAACUUUUUGUUUGACUCGGUUCUCAACGCCUAUCUCAUCGAGCACUGCAAGCUUCAUCCCCCAACGGCAAAGGAGUUUGGCCUGUGCGUGCACACCCACACGGACUACUUCGCAUCCAUCGCGUACCCUGCCGUUGCGGAGCUGACGCUGCGCGUUAACAAGCUCGGGCGGUCGAGCGUCACGUACGAGAUGGCCCUCUUUGAGAAGGGCGUCGACGAGGUCAAGGCGGUCGGAGAGUUUGUGCAGGUCUAUGUCGAUCGUGAGUCGGGCAGGCCGCUCAAGGCGGGCAUGGCAGACACGCUGCGGCGGGAGCUAGAGAAGCUGCUGGUUGUGGAUGAGGAAGCUAAUGUGGCCAAGUCGAAGCUAUGA